CGAGCAAGACCUUUGCAUUCUGCAGUACAAAAUGGUAAUCUCGAGGUAGUUAAAGCUCUUGUUUCACAUGGGUCUGAUAUUAAUGCUGAAUCUUUAGGAGUAGGUAAUCAUAAAGUUGAUGCGAACAUUACAGCAUUACAUCAGGGAACACAAACUGGUAGAUUAGAUAUAGUUAAGGCUCUGCUUGAAGCGGGAGCAAACGUUAAUACAAAAACAGGUGAUAAGAUUACACCUCUACAUUUAGCGUCUCAAAAUGGCUUUUUAGAGUUAGUAGACAUUUUAAUAAAAGCAAAAUCUAAUGUUAAUGCUAAGGAUUAUGAGAAUCUUACACCUCUGCAUUUAGCAGCAGAACGUAAUCACUUUGGAGUAGUUAAGUCUCUUUUUCUAGUAAGGGGAAUUGAUGUUAAUGCUAAAGGCCACGAUAAUUCCACAGCUUUACAUAUAGGAUCUCAGAAUGGUCACUUAGAAGUAGUGAAGCUACUAAUAGAGAAAAAAGCCAAUGUUAAUGCUAAAAAAAACGAAGGUUUUACACCUUUGCAUCUAGCAAUUCAGCAAAGUCAUUUCGAGGUGAGUGAUUUUUUUGGAGCAAACAUUAACAANAAAAUAGUAGAGAGCUUAAUUGCAAAAGGAGCAAAUAUAAAUGCAAAGAUGGAUGAUGGUAGAAGAGCUCUACAUUUGGCCGCAGAGCAUAAUCACUUGGAAAUAAUGAAUUUCUUGGUUAAAAAUGGAGUAGAUGUUAAUGCUCUAGAUAACAGAAGGUGGACUCCUCUACAUUGUGCAACAUAUGAUGGUAAUUUAGAAGUUGCUAAAUCUUUGCUUAAUAAAGGAGCAGACAUUAAUGCUAAAACAGUUAAAAGUACUACACCUCAUGCAGUAGACCAUGAUCAUUUGGAGGUGGUUGAAUUGCUCUUAAAAAAAGGGGCAGAAGUUAAUGCUCUAGAUCACACAAAUUGGACUCCUUUACAUUUUGCAGCAGAAAAAG